GAUGUCAUUUAUGCGGUAUCCAAUGGGCAAGUCAAGCCCAGUAAACAUAUGAGUCUUGGGAUCACCUUAAAAAGCCUUACAAAUAGCAGAAAAAUUAUAAGUAUCGUUAAUAAGUAUGGACAUUGUUGUAGCUAUAAUGUUUUGGAAGGACUCGAAACUGAAUUAACUUAUGCUGCAACUGAAACUGCACAGGUGUGCCCACCAGGGGUUUCACUAGUUCCUCAUCUGAGUACUGGAGUAGCUUAUGACAACUUCGAUCGGUUCGUUGAGACUCCUAAUGGCAAAGAUACUCUCCACGAUACUGUUGGGAUAAUUUUCCAAUUUGAUGAAUCUACUCUCAAAGAAUCAGAAGCACCUACCCCAUUCCGAUCAGAAUCUGAAGAUGAAACGGAAAAUUCCGAUCCGAAUAUUCAAAGAAAAAGAAGAACAUUUGACGCUAUCAUUCCAGAUGUAGAACCGUACCUUAGGAAACCGCGAAUGGUCCACACUCGAUUGCCAGUUGAUAGUCAGGAGAGAAAUAUGAAUCCAAAGAGACUCACAUUAUCAUACAAAUUGGAUUUGUUAUGGAUGAUCUCGUAUGCUCUCAAAAUUCCAGAUUUACCAAUGUGGGUAGGAUUCAACAGCCAAAUAAGAGUGUUCAACUUGCCACCCUGUCAAGUUGAGUUGUAUCAACAAUACCUGCGAUCUAGAUACAUAACCAGUGUUUGGAGAAACGCACAUUGUAAACUUCCGUCAACUUUGAAACCAGAAGAAAAUGGAUGGUCAGAGAAAGAAGGAAAGUACGAGUUUGCGUGGUUUUCUGGUGAUCAACUACCAGAAUUUGUCGAAGACGUCGUAAUACAACCAGAUAAAUCCUGUGAAGAUGAGAACGUUUCAGAUGACGAACUGGACGACUCUGGAAGCGAGGCUAACGAUGAUUGGGACAGUGAAAGCGAAGAUUUCUAG